AAACAUGAUAAUUAGAGCACAAUUACCACAUUGAAGCUUCAAAUACCACAUCAAAUGCCACAAACUAAAAUAAUGUAUCAUUUUGAUUCAAAAUACCUCAAACUCAAAAUACCUCAUCCAAACGACCCGCUAAGUAAUUUGACUAAAAUUACAUGUAAUUUAGGAAAGAACGGGUCGAGAAUGGGGCGGGUCAAGGCAGGUCGAGUCGAUGAGAGUACCCAUGCCUACGGGGCGGGUCGGACCCGGCCCAAAACAGGCCAAAAAGAUCGGGUAAAACAGGUCAGGUCGAAUUUGCCAUCCCUAGUUCCUAGAGGAGAGCAUUGAACCAUUUAUGUACGAUUGUGAGGUUUCAUUUCAGUUUCAAACUAUAUAUGGAUCGUGUGGGAAUUCCAGUGAGCUUUAUACUCUAUAUUUGUUGACAAUCGAUUAACCAAUAUCAUUUUAGUGGUGCUUAAUUAUCAUUAUGAAAUGAGAUUAAUGAUACAUUUUUAUAUUCUUAAGUAAGGAUAAUACUUCUCUAAAUGUUCGAUCUAUCUAUUCAUUCUUUAUGUGUCAUCUCGAGCGAAGGAUUUUUUAUAAACUUAAACGGGCUAAUAGAAACGUAACAUAAAAAUAAAAAUAAAAAUAUAUGAAAGAGGUAAAUGGCGCAUUAAUAAUCAAUAAUUAUCUUCUGUUUAGAUUUUGGAAACAUUGCGUGAAGGAUUUAGAAAAGGGGAAGAAAAAAAAAGAGAUAAAAGAGAUCCAUUCACGUGCCUAGUAACACGUGUGAGUUGUGACACAAAAAGAAAGGCUAAAUUACACGUUUGGUCACUCGAAUUAUACAAAUCUUUCACGUUUGCCACCCAAAUUACUUUUCUUUCUUAUUUGCCACUAACUUUACGAAUCAUUUCACCAUUAGUCACCGACCGUUAUACUCCGUUAAAUUUGUCCUAUGUGGCAGUCAACUAUAAAGUUUGACCGUUAACUUAAUGACGUGGAAAUUAGAAAUAAAAAUAUAAAAUAAAUUAAUUUUUCCAAAAAAGAAGGGGAUUGCUAUUCGUCGCCCUAAAAAUCCUUAUUCGUCGCCCUAAUUAAAUUAAUUUUACUCUAAUGCCCUUAAUUCAUUUAUUUGUAGUUAAGCUCAAAACAAAUUUAUUACCGGAAAUAAAUUACCCAAAACAUUGUCAUUGAGCCUCUUUUGCAACUGACUUUGGCUUUAAAAGCUUCUCUUUGCAACUGACUUUGGCUUUGUACCUUUCCUUUCCCUUGGACAUUAAACCACGAGUUGCUCACUCUAAUGCGAGACCUUGCUUCUUGGCAUAGGCAUUGUAGAACUUGUAAGCCGAAUAAAAAGAAUCAAACUCUAGACAAGAACGAAUCAAUUGCCUUUCGAAACCCAUUUCGUGAUUCUAUACAUAGAACACUGUCACUGGUUGCUGAUGCACAGACCGAUGUGACAUGAAGAAUAGGAUGAAAUGAACUCCGGCAGUAGAAGCAGAGCACCGGAGGAAGUCCGCGGCAGCAGAUGCAGUGGCUGCUGCAGCAAAAUGAAUGGUGCUAGAAGGGUAAAAGUGUCAAUUUGAUGCAUUUUAGGGCGAUAAAAUUUGAAUUUUAGGGCGACGAAUAGCAAUUCAGAAGAAGAAAGGAGGUCGCUGGAAAAAUCCCCAAAUCCAACAACGAAGAAUAGAAUACAGAGAUCAGAUCCCCAAUUUCAUCGUGCGUUCCUCCCUCCCUAGGGUUUCCGGCGACCAUGAAUCCCGAUGCCGCGAUCCCGAGCCUCCGCUACGAUCCCACUCACAAACCCCGCUGCUGCCUACGGAUGUAUCAUCGAGCGUCGUCGUCGAAUCGGCUCCCGGAUCUGGUUCCUCCUCGAGCGAAACUGAGCUUGACUAGAAUCCGAAGAGGCAGAAGAUCGAUGAAGAUGAUGGCGGCGACCUCAUGGGCAUGGGCAGACUUGGAUCUCGUUGAGAAGAAAGAGAACACGUGAUUCUUCAACCAAACCAAGAAAUCAAUAUAUUAUAUAAAUCAGACCAUUCUUAACGGUGUACGAUCCGAUUUGAUCCAUAAUUUUUCAAACGGUUUAUUUUCCUAACCGAGUACCGACCAUGAAGACCGAAAUUAGUGGACAACUGAAUGGAAAUGGAGAGAUUGUUGUCUGACCCCACAUUAUGAUCAUGUUCAUGUGUGAGUGUGACCCUUGGUAUGAGUAGGAAUGGCAAUGCGUAGUUCCGGGAAGGGUACUUCGAUACUUAUACCUGCUCUGUGGCAGGUUGGGUUCCGGUUAGGUGAUUUAUCAUGUUGAGAACAGAAUGUGCAUAGCUCUUGAGUCGAGCUGUGAGGAAAUCUUCUGUUCUUCCUUCCAAUCUUCUUCAUCUUCAUCUUUCAUGGGGACUGGUCCCUUUCUGACGACAGCCCAUAAUUCUCCGUCAACCCCACGAAGGUAAAUUCGCAUCCUCUUCUUCCAGACUGUGUAGUCUGUUCCAUCGAACCAUGGUGGGUUUGUAUUUGUCGAAUAGGCUACUGCACUUGAGGAUGAUCUAGACAUCUUAUGAUCUUCUCUUUGGCGACGGUUAGUCCUUCAAAGAGCCCGCUCUGAUACCAAUUGAUAAGUCUGAAUGAAUAUGAAAGGAAAUAAAUUUUAUUUAAAUUGAAACAGAGUUACCCAAGCCAAGAGACUUGACACUUUUGAAUACAGAAGAAAAACACUCAAUCCCAACUUCCCAAGACAAGAUCACCCAGUUCUCAACUCCUGUGACCUAUCUACUGAAGAUGGUACCCAAAACAGCCCAUGAUAGAUAAGACAGAAUCCCAGUCUCUCUUUACUACCAACCGCUGCAUUCAAAUGGAGAACUCACUCGUUAUUUAUAGGAAGAAAAGGAAAGAGUCGUUUCCUACAAAGCGCUCUUGGUAGCGAUUAUGAUUGCUUGCUAAGUAGAGGCGGUGGAGCUCUGGAAGAGUGGUUCUUCGAUCUAUUGAGAGAAGAACAGAAAGCUGCAGAUUGACAGACUCGAGAUGUAGACGACAACUACGACGGACGAAACACUAUCCGAACCCAAAACGCCACCGUUCCUUUGGCAUGGUUCUCACUUUUGGGUACCCCCUUCGAUACACCAACGAAUAAGUUAAAACAUCGCUA